GCUCACUGCCAAUCUUUAUAUACUUGUUCCGCAGACCCCAUUCUUGUAAUCACUGAGUACGUUCCAUAUGGGGAUCUCCUGGGUUACCUAAGAAAAAGUCGUGGACUUAAUGACACGUAUUACAAAGAACCUGAUAUCAAGCCGCAAACAACGUUGACGUCACAGCAACUGAUCAGUUUUGCCUGGCAAAUUGCUGAUGAAAUGAGUUAUUUGUCUUCGAAAAAGGUAUGUUAGCUUACUGGAAUGUUUCCUUUAGUUGUUGGCCAUAUGUUGACAAUAUCAGUAUUUUUAUCUGUUUGGAAAAUUGCAACAGGCUAAGGAUUACUAAGGAAAAAUUACAAAUUUACUGUCAAGGAAUUAAUUUAUUAUGUGGACUGACGUCACUAUAAUUUGAUUGCUCUUAGAUUGUUCAUCGUGAUUUUGCAGCCCGUAAUGUAUUGGUUGGAGAUCAAGAAAUUUGCAGAGUGACAGACUUUGGAAUGGCCAGAGAUGUGCACCAGGAAAAUAUUUAUGAAAGAAAAAUGAAGGUUUUCGUAUCGUUUCUGUUAGGGAUGUAUUAA